AUGGUAUCGGUAUUUGCACCGGCAUGGGACGAGUUCAUCCAAGAAAUCGGACCACUUCUAAUGACAGGCUCCACGGUUGAGGACUUGUACAAAGAUUCCGAGAUCAAUUCGCAAAAAAUUAUAUCCAGAUACAAAAUUCCACCACUAGAUGAUUCAGUCACAGCCGAAGAUAUCAAACUUGAGAACGCCUGGGUCCGAGUCUUCACACCGCCAUCAGCAACCGGCGACGGACCGGUAGGCAUUUUUAUUCACGGUGGGGGGUGGAUUAUGGGAAGUGUCGACAUCGAAGAUGCUGCAUGCCGACAUAUCAGCACGAGCACCGGCAUGAAAGUCGUCAGUAUUGGGUACAGACUGGCACCAGAAUUUCAAUUCCCACACAGUCUCAACGACUGUGUUGAGGCAACUUUAUGGACCCUCAAUCACUUCGCAAUCUCAUCCGUUAUACUUAUGGGAGGCUCAGCAGGCGCCAGCCUUGCUUUUGGUGUUGCAUUGAAACUUGUCGAUUCCGGGCUCGGGGAUAAGGUCAGAGGCAUCUUGGCUUUGGUUCCUUGCACUGUACACCCUGAUGCAGUACCUGACGACAAGAAGGAAAGCUUUACUUCUUAUCAGGAACACGCUAUGCACACUGUCAACACAUUACCUGCCAUGAAAUGUUUCCUGGAUUCCUAUGGUCCAUCGCCUGACGACAAGUAUUUCUCGGUCCUCCUCCACCCGCGCCUGAAAGAUCUCAAGAAAGUCUAUAUCGUUGAAUGUGGGACGGAUACAUUGAGAGAUGAUGCUCGACUGAUGAAAGGAGCUUUGGAGGAAGCUGGUGUACCCAUCAUGUAUGAUGAUUACCCUGGCUAUCCCCACUAUUUCUGGUCGUAUCCUUCUCCGGCUCUGGCGCAGGCCUCGGAGGUGUUUCACACGAACAUGUUCCGUGCGAUAAAAUGGAUCAAUUUGGACUGA